CCUGCUUCCUGCUGCAUCACAUCUCUGAUCUCUCUCACUCUCGGUCAGUGCUGCUCACUCCUAGCUAGCCACUCGUCAAGUCGCUUCCGUUCCCAGCUCUUUUCAAGUAGGAGAUCAAGAUGGCCACUGACCAGAAGCUUGCCCUCGCCAAGCGAUGCUCGCGAGAGGCGACCCUUGCAGGAGCUAAGGCAGCAGCUGUAGCAACCAUCGCCUCCGCGAUCCCCACCCUGGCGAGCGUGCGGAUGCUGCCAUGGGCGAAAGCAAACAUCAACCCCACCGGCCAGGCCCUCAUCAUCUCCACAGUUGCCGGGAUGGCCUACUUCAUCGUCGCCGACAAGACGAUCCUUUCGCUGGCGAGGAAGCACUCCUUCGAGAGCGCCCCCGAGCACCUCAAGAACACCUCCUUCCAGGGCGCCGGCCGUCCCCACCCCGUGUUCUUCAGGCCCUGAUGAGUACUGUACUGUGCCAUCGAUGUCCGAAUAAACUACUAGCUAGCCUACCAUCGAAUGUGCCUCGAGGAACUGUAAUACUAGUAUAGUUCUCCAGUGCUAUGUGCCAUUGUAAUUAGCUUGUAUUAUUGCUACUUUAAUUAAAAAGUACUACUGCAACUUUGCGUUACUCAA